AUCGCAAGUUGCGGUGGCGAAGCUCGAAAACGAUACCAAAUUUGUCCCCAAAGUGAUGAAAGGUCAACUUUUCAAUCGUCUUCGCGAAAAAGAGGAAAUCAAAGAUGCCCUUUUGGAAAGACGCGAUGAGCUGAAGAAGAACAUAAUUUCAGUGAAAUUUCGUCUCGCUGUCAAGAGAAAAGGAACCAAAACCAUUAAGGCAGGUAAUCAAAGAUCAUCUUAUUUUCGUCAACUUUGCUUAGCGCUGAAGGAGACCCACAGAACAAUGGAGGAAGCAGUUAAGAAGUGUGAGGAGGAGGCGAGAGAAGAAACAAAUGAUAAACAGCAUGUUGAUAAUGCCUUAGAAGGAGUCAGUAGUUUAUCAUUGCGCGUCGAAGGAGAAGAUGACGACCCGACCAAGGACCAAGAAGCAGAGUUUGUACUCGAAUACAUUGAGAACUUUUUCGAGGUUUAUGAAGCGGGAAAAAUAGAGGAUGCUGUCAUGUUGGCUGCACAUUCCCCCAAGGGUGUUUUAAGGUCGAUGGAGACUCUUGCAAAGUUUGAAGAAUACGAUGCAACUCAUAUAGGCAGUUCAGUUUUGAUGUCCUACUGGGAAGCUCUUCUUCCAACAGUUAGCACUGGCUGUAAAAAACCAUCUCAGUGGGAAACUUUGGAGUGUGUCAGAUGUGUCUUAGCGAGAGGGAGAACUGAUCUCCUUACUCACUGGAUUGCACAGAAUCAGUUAACUCUCUCUGAAGAGGCUGGAAGACUGAUAUCUGAAGCUUGCAGAUGCCCGAACAGUUGUACCUGUGGAUUAACUGGACUUGCUGAAGCUGUGUUCGAAAAUGUUGGUGCUCAUAAAGAGGUCUUGGGUUCUUUGCUCAAGCAAGGACGAUUCCACAAAGCCGUCAACUACUUAGGACAUAACGAGAACUUAGCUCGGACAGAUUUUAUAGACGCCCUCCAGGAACUGCCACUUACGGACGCCAUGCUAUCUUUCUUGUGUGGUGAUAGCAAUGAAAACUGCCUGUUUUCCAUCAAUGAGGCUGCUGAUCUUUUGGCACAUGUGCUUGUGAACUCAUCCCUCCGUCAUGCUGCCAAUAGAGAGCACGGAGAAGGAAUUGUUCCUUAAGACUAACGUAAAGG